AUGAAAGCUGGCUUUGAAAUGGUUCAGGGAGCUUUGGAUACAAUCCAACCCCAUGAACCAUGGGACUACACCUCUGUUGGCUUUCCUGCUGCUCCACGCUUCAACCCUUUCCUCAAGCCUAUAAUGGAGCACAACGAGCUCUCUGAGUGGGUGGAGCAAAUCACUAAACAAUUGGUCGAAGACCUACCGGAAACUGCAGCCUCGGAUAUCUUGCAGCACAGCGAGACACAGUCCGACCAAGAUCAGAGUAGAGGUCUUUUGUUCGAAUUUCUAUUUUCAGGCGAUUUUAGACCAAGAAAAGCGACAAGAAGAAACAACUUUGACACCGUUGCCGGAAACGAGCUUCAAUGGAGUAAUGAGCCUCGAGUUAACGUUUCUGAUCAGGGAAGGAAUUGCAAAGGGUUAAGCAGGGUAGAUGAGAAUGGCUUAACCCUCAUAACCCUCCUUCUUGAAUGUGCAGUUGCUGUCUCGGUCGAUAAUCUUGGAGAGGCUCAUAGAAUGCUACUUGAGCUAACACAAAUGAGCUCACCUUACGGCCUUUCUUGCGCUGAGCGUGCUGUGGCUUAUUUUGCUAAGGCAAUGUCUAGCAGGGUUAUCAACUCCUGGCUCGGUAUUUGUUCUCCUCUAGUUGACUACAAAAGCAUUCAUGGCGCCUUCCAAGUGUUCAACAACAUAUCCCCCUUCAUCAAGUUCGCACACUUCACCUCCAACCAAGCCAUCCUGGAGGCAUUCCACCGGCGUGACAGAGUUCACAUUCUUGACCUUGACAUCAUGCAAGGCCUGCAAUGGCCGGCCUUGUUUCACAUCCUCGCCACCCGCAUGGAGGGCCCUCCGCACGUUAGAAUGACGGGCAUGGGCACGUCGAUGGAGAUUCUUGUGGAGACGGGAAAGCAGCUCGCCAACUUCGCCAAGCGGCUCGGAAUGUCAUUUGAAUUCUACCCAAUUGCAAGGAAGUUUGCAGAAAUCGAUGCCUUGACGGUGCAAGUCCGGCAUGGAGAAACUCUGGCCGUGCAUUGGCUGCAACAUUCCAUGUACGACGCCACCGGGCCGGACUGGAAAACAAUGAGACUGCUAAAAGAGUUAUCACCAACCAUCAUCACACUGGUAGAGCAAGAUAUCUCCCAUGGCGGGUCUUUUCUAGAUCGUUUUGUAGGGUCACUGCACUACUACUCGACGCUCUUCGAUUCCCUUGGAGUGAAUCUGCCGGUGGACGACCCGAUCCGGCACAGGGUGGAGCACUGGCUUCUGUACAGGGAGAUAAACAACAUAUUGGCAAUCGGAGGGCCGGCGAGAAGCGGGGAAGACAAGUAUAGGCAUUGGAGGAUUGAGCUUGCGAAGAAUUGCAUUGUACAGGUGCCGAUGAGUGCGAAUUCAAUGGCUCAAGCGCAGCUGAUAUUAAACAUGUUCCCUCCUGCUUAUGGAUAUAGCCUUGUCCAGGGAGAUGGGACGCUUAGGCUUGGAUGGAAGGAUACCAGUUUGUAUACUGCUUCUGCAUGGACUUCUUCUAAUAUUGCACCUCCUAAGUAG